AUGUUAGUCGGUAUUGUAUUGGUCAUCAUUAGUUUUGUGUUUCGAUUUGGCCGUGGCUUUGGCGAAUUUGCUAGGCAUGCUGAAAAACACGACGAUUUCCUGGAACUUCGUCGUCUAGAUAUCAUUUUUGGCCUCUUUACAGCUGCCGGUAUCAUUCUGAUACUGAUGUGCCCCGUUGCAGUAUAUGCUGUCAUUCGACAACGUCCAUAUGCAGCAGCAGUUGCCAUAAUGGUCGUGGUUCAGUUGAUUGUUGGUUUAAUGUCAUUCACCUACAGUGAUGAGAUCAAUCAACUAGAAGCAGACGAUCUUCUGUUUAAAUCAGCCAAUCGUACAAUGGACUACUGGACACAACACGGAGGAGUGAAACCACCACAACGUCAAGAGGAUAUUGACACUGAAUUUUGGACAGUAACACAAAGAACUCUUAAAUGUUGCGGUGUAACAAGUUAUAAAGACUGGUUACUGUGGACAAACAGAACAGAGGUUUUGGAGGAAUACGAAUGUCAUGCAGAAAAUUAUGAUACAGGAUGCGGCCACGAAAUACGACACCGAGUUGCAACUGAUGCAACAUUUGUUGGCAUUUCUGCUAUAGCUGUCCUCGUUUUUGAGGUAUUUCAUCUGGUGCUUUUAUUAAAAACAAUAAAACCUCAGCCAACCUGUAUCUGUCUAUAA